AUGAACAUUCUCACGAGCAUCGUGUCCAUGACCAUUCCCAUAAUCACAGACACAGAGAAUAUAGCGGAUAGGUCCAAUAGAAUUAAUGAGUAUGAAUUGCUGUUAUCCCGAGAGAAGAGGAAAGAUACCACCGAUCCCGAAGUUGAAAAGUAUUUUAAAGCAAAAGAAUUAUACGUAAAAGGAUUUGGGCUUGCUUCUAAAAUUCCGGAAGAUUCAGAAGAAGAAACCCUGAGAAAACACGAGCAAGAAAUUUUAGAAUCCACUCAGUUUCUCGUCGAGGCAUUCUUAUUAGAUGAUAAAGCGACUGAAAUGUCACCCAGAAUCAUGUCCCUUGCUCAGCAGUAUGAAAAUCUCCUAAAAUUGGGAGAAGAUGGCGAAAAAAAAGAGAUCGAAGAAAAGAUUGUAGAAAAUACGAAUGAAGAAAUAUUAGAUGAAAAGAAAAUAGACAAGGAUCAUCGCGAAGAUAUCGACACUCUUGAACCGGAAUUCACAAGAGAGUGA